GCAGUUCCAGUUCAUUCCCUUUAAUGAUACCAGCGUGCAUUCUUUGACCCUUAACACGCUGCUUUCGCGGCGUUUUUGGGCAAUCUCGUUUGCGUGGUGUCUGGCGCUGGCCCCUCUUGAUUUCUCCCGUUUCCGUUUCGGCGCCGAGCGUCCGCGUCUUGAUGGUGGCCGGGCCCUGCCCCCAGGGCCCCGCGCCAAGCCGAACUGGUCCUGGCAUCACCGCCGGGCCUGGAGAGGCGCGUUGGCGGCGCCAUAUUCGUAUUCCCUGACCGCCUUUCCCGCUCUCAUCUCCUUUGAAUCUCGAAUUCAUGCAUAAGUUCUUUGUUGACCUGUUUGCUCAGUAUCAUUGUAUGACCUGUGUUCUUUACUGCGAAGCAUACAAACGCGUGAGCAUAUACGUGGUGGCGUCCCAUGCACAACCAAUCGCCGUGUGCUCUCUCUGUGUGAGUGUUGUUACGAAGUUGGAGUAUUGUGAAAUUCGCUGAACGCAAUGCAGCUGACACAGCUGUACGCGAGUGCGGACGCCUUCGUGUUUCCGUCAAAGGCGGAAGGCUGGGGGGCUGCCGGCGCUGCUCACGGAGUGAAGUGGACUGCGCGGCUUCAUCACACCGGACACGUGCUUCCGCAUCCCGCUGGACGGGCUGGAGGAGAUCGCACCCGACUCACCGUACGGGUACAAGGAGGGGAUGAAGAUGGCUAUGCCGAGCCGAGAGAAGACGGCGGAGCUGAUGCGGUAUGUGCUGCAACACCCGGAGCACGCGCGGCGUGUGGGGCAGCGGGCACGUGCGCUGAUGAUGCGUGAGAUGAGCGAGGAGGCGGUGGCGGACACGAUGGACAGUCUUUUCAUUGAAACCGUGACCAAGCGCCUCAAACGUCUCAGACGUCAUAAACGGCGGUAACGCACAAGAAGAAACUCGAAAAGAAAUGGUCUUCUGCCCUCAUGUCGUACAGAGAAAGAAAUGUAGGAGUUGUGAAGCAGGACGAGCAGUUCAACUGGGAGCCACAGCAAAUGGCUACAGGGUCAAUCGCCAUAUCGUUCUGAUAAAGAUCGCCACUACACCGCGUACGAAGCUUCCCAAUCAGACACGGCCAGUAAUGUGACGUACACUUGUUAGAGGAUGUUCAGCUAGGCAUCGUGUUCGUGCUUCACCCCCUGCAGUUUCCACCUCCGUUUAUCUUCCGUCUUCAUCAUUUUCUCCAUCACCACCAACUCUCGUGUGCACUGCGGUAAACCUCAAUAGUGAUAAACACCAUUCUUCACCACUAUUAAGUUCGCCCCUUCGUAGGUCUACGUAUCACCUCGCUUGCAUAGCUAUUGAAGAAAAACGGAUUAUUUCUCUUUCUUCCUCUGAGUCGAACGGUGCUGCUUGAAGUGUCCGUUUGACGAGCACGCCGAGCGAGGCGGAGGUUAGCGGGUGAUAGCACUUUUCUCCUUUACUUAUUGCUCUUACCCUUAGUACGACUUAAACCAAAUUCCUUCCUUCCUUGUCGACCCACCGCUUUCCGUACGCGAGCCCGUCUGAAGAAUGGAAAAGUCACCCCACAGAUUUCCCAGACCUCGUGGCGGGCCUCCACACUACACUUCCCGAUACGCCUAAGGAUGAUGGCGCUCACGUAGGACUGUCGCGUCUGCAGGAGAACGACCUCACGCGGGUGAUACGGCCACCGAAGGUGCAGAACGAGUUGUCUUGUUGCGGAAAUAAGAAUGUACCUUGUGUUUCAAGGUGAGUCGGUGAGUGGUGUUGGAACGUCAUCGCUGCUGGAGAACGUCUUGGCGCUAGCGGAACAAUUCAGAUUGCCGCUGCGGCUUGAUCCGCUGACGCCCCUCUCCGACAGUUUGAGAGAGCGAGCUGAAGCGCUGCACGUUUGGCUGCCGCCGUCGAUGGUGCGCAAGCUCCGCAGUGCGGCCAGCGGUGAAGAAAACACGCCUCCCGUGCAAUAGAAGCUGCGAGACCUUCCCUUGUGCUCAGGCAGCGUUUCCCAACUUGAGAGAACUAUCCAUUCAGUUCAAGGAGCUUGAUGCUGCAUACGUUACUACUGGUGUGAAACGAGUCGUAUGUGCGGCAGCAAAGCUGUCGGUCAGCGAACUUGCGGAGUGCGGUUGCCUGCAACUGGAUGAGGUGUCUGUUAUGUCUGGGUCGCAGCGCUUGCGUUGUCUGAUUAUCAACAACUGUGGACCGGGAUUACUUGCAGAUCCAGCGAGCCAUCCGCUGCUCCCUCUUCUCUAUGAUUCUGGCAACACAGAGUUGCGUGACCUCUCUGGCCCUUGCUGGUGCGCCACGCUUUCAGGUCCUCAGCGUAAGCUGAUGUGAACAAGACGGUCCCGAUGGCCUUGACAACUGCCUGUAACUGAGAGAGCUCGAUGUGUCUCCGCAGUCUAGCUAGCGCGCUUUGUCUCAAAACGGUAUUGGCGUGGGAUGGUGACUUGCGGACACCUUCUUUAAAAUGUAGGCGGUGAUUCCAAAUCUAACGGGAUGAAGUAACUGUAAACAGCACCAUGAUGAGAGGAAGGGGAGAAGAAGAAUAGAAAAGGGAGGUGUGCGUGAAACGUUCUGGAGAAAGACGACGAAGCAAAGCAGAGGUGUCAACGGUGAAACAAUCAGAACAAAACAAUACAUGACAAGAAGACAACGACAGAGAGCUGAACAUUUCUUCUUAAACUGAAAGAAAAUGAAACCGGAAAGAUUCGUGAAGUUUUUGAUGUUUUUAUUCUUCGUCAUGCAGCAUUGCGUCGCCGGCGUGCUGACAGAACAGCCCGAAAGCAACCACAGGGUGCCUGCGGUGGUGCUGACCACGUACGGCUCGGCGCCAUUGCCAAUGGUGGAGGAGCAGCUGCGCUCUGUUUUUGCCCCCGUGUGGCCGGGGCUGCGUCUCGUGAAGAGACACCGUCCACAAUGAUGGCGCUACAGCAACGACUGCCGCCUCCACAUGACCGCAAACUGUAUGGGGAGGUUUUGAACGUUCUUACGGUCGUCCGCCACGACUUGCCUGGGUGUCUGCGCCUCCUGCUGUUCAUCGCGAAGCAGCAGAAACCGCUGCAGCACUAUUCCCUCGAGAAGAUGCGGAAGGCGCUGACGAACCACCGCAUCUCGCGCAAGAACCCCUUCUGCGAGGAGAUUGCACCGGCGCCGUGGAAGAGGCAGAGGGCGUGGCCGUGGUGGUGUGUGGCGGGCUCUUCGGGUGCCGGACGCGGCGCUGUCUACCGCGCCGAGGGACCAAAGAAGGUGCGGCAGCUGCCCACCAAGAAGAAGCAACUGCAGCAGCAACGGCGGCUUCCUGCUGAACGGCGGAGUGUUGCAACGCCUCGUGCUCAACCGUCGGCACACCGCGCCAGCUCGGACGUGAUGAGCCCUCCACUUUCUCGGCGACCGCACGGCAACAGGCAGAGGAGACGAGCAGGGGCAUGA